ACAUAGAAACAAACUAAAUCGACAUCGUUCAAGAUGGCGUUGGAAGUGCUUGAGGCACUAGAUUCAGCUCGCACGCAAUGGUACCAUGUGACAGCCAUAGUAAUUGCCGGCAUGGGCUUCUUCACCGACGCCUACGAUCUCUUCUGCAUCACCACAGUUUCAAAGCUCUUGGGACGCUUGUACUACUUUGAUCCAAGCACUGGCAAACCAGGGAAGCUCCCAAAUAAUGUCAACAACUUGGUCACCGGUGUGGCACUCGUCGGAACGUUAUCCGGCCAGCUAUUCUUCGGCUACCUCGGAGACAAGCUGGGGCGAAAGAAAGUGUACGGUGUCACGCUUAUCCUCAUGGUGGCGUGUGCCAUUUGCUCCGGGCUCUCCUUUGGCGCCUCAGCCAAGUCUGUGAUGGGAACGCUAUGCUUCUUCAGGUUCUGGCUGGGCUUUGGCAUUGGAGGCGACUACCCACUAUCUGCCACCAUCAUGUCCGAAUACGCUAACAAGAGAACACGAGGUGCUUUCAUCGCUGCAGUUUUUGCCAUGCAAGGCGUGGGAAUCAUCUUCGCCGGGCUGGUGUCAAUGUGUCUAUCAGCAGGUUUCAAGGCAUCCUACCAUGCUCCCUCCUUCCAUGACGACCCCAUAAUGUCAACGCAACCCCAAGGCGACCUCAUGUGGCGUCUGGUCCUUAUGAUCGGAGCCGUCCCGGCUGCGAUGACAUACUACUGGCGAAUGAAGAUGCCUGAGACUGGCCGCUACACCGCCAUCAUCGAAGGCAACGCGAAGCAAGCGGCUGCAGACAUGGCAAGGGUUCUCGACAUCGAAAUCCAAGCGGAGCAAGACAAGUUAGCCGAGUUCAAAGCCGCAAAUGAUUACCCUUUGUGGUCAAACGAGUUCUUCACACGGCAUGGGCGUCACUUGAUCGGUACAAUGACCUCAUGGUUCUUGCUAGACAUCGCUUUCUACAGCCAGAACCUCACACAGAAAGACAUCUUCCCCGCGAUGGGACUCAUCGAUAAGGAUUUCGAGAUGAACGCAAUCCAAGAAGUGUUCGAGACCUCACGAGCCAUGUUCGUGAUUGCAUUGUUCGGAACCUUCCCAGGGUACUGGUUCACCGUGUUCUUCAUUGAGAAGUUGGGACGAUACAAGAUCCAACUCAUUGGUUUCUUCAUGAUGUCGGUCUUCAUGUUCAUCAUUGGUGUAAAGUAUGACUACCUAAGGAACGAGAACAGCCACAUGUUCGCUCUUCUCUACGGUUUGACGUUCUUCUUUGCGAACUUCGGACCUAACAGCACAACAUUCGUGCUGCCGGCCGAGCUGUUCCCUACUCGAGUGAGGUCGACGUGCCACGCGCUGAGUGCAGCAGCGGGGAAGGCUGGGGCAAUGGUCGGAGCGUUCGGGAUUCAGAACUACACGCAGAAAGGGGAGCAGAAGCAGAUUAAGCACGCCAUGAUGAUCCUGGCGGUGACCAACUUGAUUGGGUUCUUCUGCUCCUUCUUGGUGACAGAAACCAAGGGACGAUCGUUGGAAGAGAUCUCCGGGGAGGAUGGGAGAGAGAGUGAGCUCACGCCGACACCACCGAAUAAUAGGGUUCCCACUCGUCAGGAACCAAGGUCCGAGACGAUGUAAUGCGCAGAGCUAAUUCAAUUUCAUGCACCAUAAGAAGAUGCCGCAGCAACCAAGUUUAUUUAUGAUUAUAAAUUAUGAAGAAUAGUAAUAGUAAAAAGAAUAAAGGGGCCAAAAUCGAUGCUAUUUGGUGUUCUACAAAUAAGACUAUGAGAUGAGUAGUUUGGUGUUUGUGAGAUCACUGAAGGCAUGGGGAUAGGAUACAGCAUAUUGAACUGAUGUUCUGUCUCCUAUUUUAUUGUAAUGUGUUUUUAUUUUAAUGAGUUUCAGUAUAUUAUUAAUGUUGUAUUUA